AUGCGGGGGAUGCGGGGGAUGCGGGGGAUGCGGGGGAUGCGGGGGAUGCGGGGGCUCAGGCCAGCGGCUCCCGCGGGGCAGCAGCGGCCCCUGCCGGCCCCGACUCCCGCUCUCGUCCUGGGGUCACAAACAUAUUUUUUUGUCAGUAAAAACCCCCAGACAGGCCGGGACUGUGAGAGGGUCCGGCCCUUCCUUCCCCCCGCUGUGAAAAGAUACGAAACAAGAACUAAGAGGGCGGGGACCAAAGCGGCAUCCUCCAAAUCCCGAAUCGAUUGGAGGCGCACCAGAAGGGCGCUGAUACUGCCCGACAGCAACGACGAGUCCUCAGCCUCCUCUGAGCAGGAGUCCGCCACAUCCGAGAGUGAAGGAGACGAGCGGGAGCAAAGGGCUGUGGAGGGCGGGCCUUCGGGUCAGCGGGAGAAAAUCCACACCGGGGAAGUUGCGGAAGAUGGUGAUGAUGAGCGCGUUGUGCCCGGGAGGCGUAAGAGGUCGAGCUCCUCCGUCGUGUUGGACAGCGAUGAAAGUGAGGGCAGUGACGUACUUGUUAGAAAGGUGUUUGCCAAACGCCGCUGUAUCCUGGAUGACGAUGAGAAUUCUGAAGAACAGCGGCCUGAUAAAACAUGCCCUACAGAGGAUGUUUCUACGAGUAGGAAACAUAAAGUUCUUGCAAAAUUGAAGGAACUUGUGAGACAAAGUUCAGCUCGGAGAUCCUGCAGCGGUGCAAAUUGUGAGGAUUCUAAUAGUGAAUCAGCAGUAGAAGAGGAACCAUUCCGUCAGCUGCCCCUCACACCAUCAGAAGGCAGUGAAACUGAUGGUGACAGCAUGAAAGAUUUUGUAGUAGAGGAAGAGGAAAAUGAUGAUUGUGAUGACAUUGACAACACAGAGCAUGUGAAGAAUGAAAAUCAGCCACAUCAAAAGCAACCAAAUCCAUCAAACAGCGAGCUGCUGGCACGCUACAUCCCACAGUUAUCUCGCUGUGAGCAUUAUGUACAUUUCAAAAGAAUAGUAAAGGCUUUCCUCAUAAAUGCAAUUGAUGAUUCUUUUCUGAGCUCAUUAUAUGAUGGAACGAGACAAAAGAAAUAUGCACAAGAAAUGCUGCUCUCACUUCAUUAUUUGGACGAACGCUUCAUUCAGCCUCGUCUUGAGAACUUAAUCUGUAGAAGUCGCUGGAAGGAUCGAUACAAGAACCGUGUGGAUUGUUACCCAAAUGUUCACAUCAGCUUGCAAAAUGCAAAAAAUAUGUCUUGUCAGGCCUGUGCGCUGAAGCGGUGGUGUAAGUUCAACGUGUCGCUCUCUGGAAGGCUUUAUAAUAGUAAAACUUUGGAAGUAGAUGACUUCAUGUCAGAAGAUAAACAGGUUUUGAAGGUUGGCGUGGUGUGUGCAAAUCGUACAAGAGUUUAUCACAACUUGAAACACUUCAAGUACAAGCUAUACAUGGAUUGCAGCUCCGUUGUUGAAUUGGAUGGCGUUGUGGAUGAACCAGUCAAAGACACUGUAGAGCGGCUUUUCAACCACUUGGAUAAGACUGGGUGGAUUCAGAAGAGAUACAAUGAUCUUGAAGAUUAUAUGGAAGAUGCAGACAAUUUUCAAGAAGAAAAAAUUGUUUAAGAGGUCAUAUAGCUCUUUGAAAGACAUCUUUGACAUCUUUAAAAAUGUGAAUGGCCUAUAUCAUCUGCAUGCACUUUUAUAUCUGCCUGGACUUCAAGAUUUCUAUGUAGGCUGUUACACUAAAAUUCAUAUGCCUUUAAAUUAGUUUGAUAAUGUGCUGUAUCUUUUUUCUCAUAUGUGUCGAUACAAAUCCAAAGUUUUACCAAAUCAGUCCUUCCAGUCUUAAAAAUAAAUCACUUAAAAUUUCCUACUGUUAGAAAUAUCAGUUCAAUAUCUAUUUACUUAUGAAAUAAAAUUUCCACCUAUUCAGAUUGAGCAGCUUUGUAGAGAAGAGGAGAUGCUGAGAUCUUUUGAAGUAGGUAUAUUGGAAAGGUAAGACUUUUUUAUACCAGAACUUAGGACUUGCAUCUUAACCUUCCUUAUUGCUCAUUAUGUGCAAGUCCAGUCAGUUAGAAUGAUAGUUACAACAAACAGGACCCAAAUGCAAUUUGGUUCUCUGAGGGAUCAGUAUUUCUUCUCUGAGGAAUCAGUGUAGACAGUUACAAGGCAACAGAGGAAAUAAUGCUGCAGUCCUGUCUGCAUUUGCAUCACAGUAGUCAUUCCUCUCUUGAGAAAGUAGGUAAUGAGUCACAGUAUGGGCGUCAUACAGACUGAGUCUGGCUUAGCCAUCUAAAUGAACACAUGGGCCCACAUUGCUGUCUCUGAUAAGCAGCUGGGGCAAUUUACUGAGAUUUUAAACAUCAGGUUACAUUGUGCAAACAUAAUGGCAGCAACUUGGAGUAACUGCAGUCCUAGGAGAAUGGAUUAAUAUGCCCAUGCAAGAUAAGCAAGAAUUCUUUGAGUGUAACUUAACAGAAAGUAGGAGUUAGUCAGAAACAGGAUGCAUGGCAUACCAGAAUUGCAUGAAACCAAAUCAGAGUAGAUUUUCAAGGAUUUUGGAAAGGUUAAGUAUGGUACUGCCCAUUCUGAAAAAUUGGACAAGAACUGUAAAAGUGUACUCACAGCCCAGAAAGCUGACUGUGUCCUGGGCUGCAUCCAAAACAGCAUGGCCAGCAGACUGAGGGAGGUGAUUCUACCGCUCUGCUCUUAU